GCGUGUUAUGAAUGGAAUUUUCCUGGCGAACAAUUACAUAAUGGACAUACUAUUUGAUUCCUCAAAGAAUAGAUUUAUAGUAGGACUGGCUAUCAAUGUUGAUGAUUUUGAUGGACAAUCUUUUAUUGUCGGUUUCAUCGAAUGGAAGGCAUAUGCAUACAUAAAUACCUGUCCUAACUAUGGGCUAGAUACUCCUAGCCGGUCUCGUCAGACAAUCAAUUGGUAUUGCAAAGCAGGCUAUGCAUGUGAGGCUCAGAACUUGGGCAUGAACUGGGAUCUAGCAGUCAAAGACAGCUUUUCAACACGAUCUCAAACUAACAAGUCAGCUCUAGCAAAACCCAGCUUUGUACUUCUACUUGAUAAAUGCCGCUUUGUCUGCUAAGGUAUUUUGUGGCUUCAUUUUUACACUUUAUGGGCUGGCUGUGAAACGCGAGACUACUGCAGUCAUGUCGUAUCGAGGAAGGGAGGUUGGUGGUCCGUUUUACAGUAACUCCCCUGGAGGUAGUGGGUCGACAUUUGGCGUAGUCUUAAACGGUGAACGGGCAUUGCAGCGGUGAACGCCCAUGCUGUGACGAUGUCAUCGUUAUAGCUCGGCACUCUGUCAU